AUGGCUGCCACUUUUGCUACGGCUGGCCUGCUUCUUUUCAAUGCUGUUUCAGCCUCGGCCAUCUAUUCCUCCAAACAUACCAACGGAUACUGCAAACAGUUGGAUAUCCCGGUGUUCGCUACCUCAGAGAGCGCCAUCUAUGACGUACCCAGGGUAGACAGUAACAUCGAUGCGAUAGCCUGGGCAAUCUACGCAGAUACCUGGAGCACUCCAGCCGGCGCAGCGAGAAUAAUCAAGAACACCACGACUUCCGAUACUUUCAACAUCCACGCCCAACUGUGUGUUCCCAAGACUGCUGGGAAGAAAAAUGAUAUUCUGCAUAUCGCCACUCACGGAGUGCACUACGACUCAAGAUAUUGGGACCCUGAGCUCGAUCGAGAGAAACAGUCUUAUGUCGAGGCAACGCUCAGAGCAGGAUACUCCAUCCUUACCUAUGACCGUCUGGGAGUUGGUAAAUCUGACAAGCCUGACGCGUACGAUGUUGUUCAGGCACCUCUUGAACUUGAGAUACUUCGACACUUGACCCUGAUGGCCCGCAACGGCACCCUGUAUAGCUUCGCAGAGAAGGCAAAACCCGCUAAUGCUGCAUUUAACAAGGUUGCAAAACCUGCAAGCAAAGUUAUACAUGUCGGCCACAGCUUCGGGUCCUUCCUCACCUCCGCAUUCAUCGCCAAGCACAGCUCUCUAUCCGACGGAGCAAUCGUCACCGGCUAUCUAACGAGCAAAUACCUCGGGAAGGCUGGAAUGGCAUCGUUCAACGCCCAAUUCGCUCCCACGAGCUCUACUCCCUUUGAUAGACCAAGUGGAUACGUUGUAUGCCAGAAGAGCGGUAUUCAGACCAUCUUCUUUGCUGGCAACCCGAAGACUGCGUUUACUAAAGAAAUGCUUGACUAUGGUGAUGCCAUCAAACAGCCAGUUCCAAUCGGGGAAUUCUCCUCUGCUUAUCGCAUCAUUGGGCUCCCUGGACCUGACUUCAAGGGCCCGAUACAAUACAUGCUGCCUGAGUUCGACUUUUACAUCUGUGCCGGUGACUGCAAGGGAAUUUACGACUUGGAGGAGUUGAAGAAGACUUACCCUAAAGCCGCUGAUAUCGAAGUUGCUAUCCAGCCCAAUACAGGCCAUGCUUUCACUCUCCACAACAAUGCUACUGCUGGCUACCAAGUCACGUAUGAUUUCUUGGCUAAAAAUGGGCUGUAA